AUGUUUUGUCUUAUAUAUUCCUCCCUUCUUUGUUGUUUGUUUUAUUCAGUUCAUGCCUCAUUCAUAUUUCUUUGUCUCUCACUUUUCCCCCCUUUUGGCUUUGGCAUAGGAAGAUUUUUCUUUGAACGUUUCUCAUCAAACAUGUCUUCUUUAUUCCUUGUGAUCAGUUAUUUCUUAGCCUUUCUUUGCACUUUUUCUAUCAUAUCAUUUUCAUUCUCUAUCUCAAACAAUCUGUUCCUUACUUUUCUUUUCCUUGAGCGUACAUAUAAUAUACUCAACAUUAAUUUUCCUCUCACUUUCCUAAUAUCUAAUGUUUUUUCUUCUUUUUCUUCUUUUGCAACAUCAAUUUCUUUUACUCCUUUAAAGAAGAAAAAUCACUUCUUUUGUUUAAUAGACGCUUCUUUUAUCAACUUCUUUUCCCUUCAUUCACGCUUAAUUAUCUUUUCUCAUUGCAUCCAACAUUCAAUCCUGUUACGUCAUGUCAUGUUAUUAUUUUCUUUCAUUUCCAUACAUUCAUAUGCAUCUCUUUUCUUUUUUGUUUCUGUGUUAAUGUUAUGCUUAAUCCUUUCUUCUCGCUUUCCUUCUUAUUAUCCUGAUUUGGCUAUCACCAUGCUUAAUCCUUUCUUUUUUGCUUUCCUCUUUAUUAUCCUGUUUUGGCUACCAUCAUGCAUAAUCCUUUCUUUUUGCUUUCCUCUUUAUUAUCCUGUUUUGGCUACCAUCAUGCUUAAUCCUUUCUUUUUGCUUUCCUUCUUUUUAUACUGA